AGACUGUCCACUCUUCCUCUUCUCGUCUCUCUCUUCGUUCUCUGCACUGCCCUCUCUCUCUCUCGGGUUUUCUUUUUCUUUUUUUUCUGUUUUGUACCCUCAAAUUUCCUCCCUGGACAGUAAACCCUAGAAUUAUUUCUGCAUCAACAAUUAUCGAUGAUGCAGCAACAACAGAGGCUAAAGCAACAGGCCAUGAUGCAGCAGGCUUUGUACCAUCACCCUGCUCUCUUAGCUGCUCCUCAGAUAGAGCCUAUCUUGAGUGGGAAUCUGCCUCCUGGGUUUGAUACAAGCACAUGCCGCAGUGUGUACGUUGGAAAUAUUCCUCCUCAGGUCACUGAACCACUUCUACAAGAGGUUUUCUUAAGUACUGGCCCUCUAGAAGGAUGCAAGCUUAUUAGGAAAGAGAAGUCGUCCUAUGGUUUUGUGGAUUACUACGAUCGCAGAUCAGCUGCUCUUGCUAUUGUGACUCUUAAUGGGAGGCAUCUGUUUGGGCAGCCUAUUAAAGUCAAUUGGGCUUAUGCUAGUAAUCAAAGAGAGGAUACAUCAGGUCAUUACAACAUUUUUGUUGGUGACCUUAGCCCUGAAGUUACAGAUGCGACACUGUUUGCAUGCUUCUCUGUGUAUCCUAGCUGUUCAGAUGCAAGGGUUAUGUGGGACCAGAAGACUGGACGGUCAAGGGGAUUUGGGUUUGUUUCUUUUCGGAAUCAGCAGGAUGCUCAAGGUGCAAUAAAUGAUUUAAAUGGUAAGUGGCUUGGAAGCAGACAGAUACGCUGUAACUGGGCCACUAAGAAUGCAAGUGGUAGCAAUGAUGACAAGCAGAGCUCAGAGGCCAAAAGCUUUGUAGAACUAACAAACAGAAACUCAGAAGAUGGCCAAGAGAAGAUUAAUGAGGAUGCUCCAGAGAAUAAUCCACAAUAUACCACCGUCUAUGUUGGCAAUCUUGCUCCAGAGGUUACUUCAGUUGAGCUCCAUCUGCACUUCCAUGGACUUGGUGCUGGAACUAUUGAAGAUGUUCGGAUACAACGAGAUAAAGGUUUUGGUUUUGUGAGAUAUAGCACACAUGCUGAAGCUGCUUUGGCUAUUCAGAUGGGGAAUGCUCGAAUUCUAUGCGGAAAACCAAUCAAGUGUUCAUGGGGUAGCAAACCCACGUCACCAGGAACAAGCUCUACUCCUCUUCCUCUACCAGCUGCUGGGCCUGUCCCAGGUUUCAGUGCUGGUGACCUAGCAGCCUAUGAGCGCCAGAUUGCUUUGAGCAAAAUGAGUGGUGCUCAAGCUCUGAUGUACCCGCAGGGGCUCCAUGCCUUCAAGCAGGCAGCCAUGGGAAUGAGUGCUGCCGAUGCUAAUCCUGCAAUGUACGAUGGUGGGUUCCCAAGUGUUGCCACGACUCAACAGCAGCUUAUGUACUACCAGUAAUAAUCUGCCUAAGACUCCCGUUAUACAUUGUCAGGGAGCGUGUCAUUGAUGAAGUUUAGGAUUAUGUUUUUAGUUUUUAUAUAUCCUUUACACUUUGUUGCCUACUGUUAGGGCAACUUUUAUACCUCUUACAAACUGGGGUUUUACUAGUAGUGUGUAAUCUUAAACUUCUUUGGGGAUGUUGGCUUUAUUUAAUCAGGUUUUCUGCCAGCCUGCCGGUUUCUUUUGCUUGCAGAAGAUGCCGCUGUAGUACUUGCGUGACACUGUUGAAUGUGUAUCCCUUUAGGUUGCUGUCAUGGGGUUGUGUGGUUUGGAAGCCUCCAGAUUUGUCAAAUUCACUUGAAGCUAUUUGAAG